UCCUUGACUCUAUAUUUUUUAUUCUUUAUAGAAGAUAAUAUUCUAAUAUAUAUGUUCUUCUAAUGAAUAUGAAUUUUUGAUUUUAGGCGAAGUUAAAUAUAUUGUUAUUCCGAAUAAACAUCAUACUUUUUGGGCUUUACAAUUUUUUCGAGAAUAUCCAAAUGCAUAUCUCAUUGGAACACGUGGUGUUAUAUCUGAUGAAAAACUGAAUCGACAAGUUCAUGCUUAUUUUUCAACAGAUGGCUUAACAUUGAAUAUUAAUUGUCCAACGACUGAACCAUUCGAAUGGCCAUUUGAUGAAAUUGAUUUUUAUUGUUUUUAUAGUGUAGAUGUUUUAGAUGAAAUUGUAUGCUAUCAUCGAUCGUCAUCAACAUUGAUCCUAACUGAUUUGGCAUUUAAUUAUUAUGAAUCAGGUCAAGAAUUGAUUCGAGCAGAAGGUCAUCUAUUCAGAUUCUAUUUAUGGUUAGCUGAUGGCCAUCGUGAAGCAUGUGUUACAAAACCAUUUAAAUUUUUUUUUCGAAAAAAUAUUCAUUCAAUUAAAAAUGAUUUUGAUCAAAUGAUGAUUCGUUAUGAAAAUUUCAAUCGUCUAAUUAUGGCACAUGGAACAAUUAUUCAACAUGAUGCUUAUGAAAAACUUAAAUUAGGAACAUAUCAAUUUAUUCUAGAUGUAUACGAAAAAGAAAAACAUCGUAAACAUGAUUGGUCUUUUAAAAGAACAAUAGGACUUAUCUUUAUUAUUGCUAUAUUGAUAAUAAUCAUUUUACGAUUUUUUUUCUUUAAAUAA